GUAACUAAAUAAUCAUCUUCAUAAUUACAAACAGCCAAAGCAGAUCAAACUGUUAUCCACAACGACCCCAGUAGUAGUAUGAGAUUUGGCCAAAUCUUUAACAAUAACAAGUAAAACACACAACAAAAGAUAAAGAUAGAGCUCAAAAUCGAUCAUGGAUUACCUGAGUUUUGUGUUGUAUCUCCUUUUAGCAUGGAUUGCAAUCCAUUUAGUCCUAUCAAGUACAAAGAAAGACAGUGAUUCAAGUCCAAGAAUAUUGCCACCGGGUCCUCCAACUGUACCCAUCUUUGGGAACCUGUUCAGCCUUGGAACCAAGCCACAUAUCUCCUUGACUGAGCUUGCUAAGAGAUAUGGCCCUCUCAUGACUCUGCAACUCGGCCGAGUCCCAACAGUGAUCAUUUCUUCUGCUGUUAUGGCAAAAGAAGCCCUCCAAAGAAACGACAUAUCCUUCUCCAACAGGAUGGUCAUUGACGCUGUUUGCGCACUCAAUCACCAUGAAAAUUCAUUAGUUUGGUCCCAGGUAUCACCAAAAUGGCGAAACUUGCGCAAAAUCUGCAGUUCCCAUGUUUUCUCUACCAACAGGCUUGAUGCCAGCCAAAGCCUUCGGAUGAACAAAGUAAAAGAUCUCCUUUCUUAUGCUACAAAAUGCAGUGAAGACAAUACAACAGUGGAUAUUGGACAAGCAGCUUUUACCACUAUCUUAAAUCUGCUAUCAAGCACUAUCUUUUCAGUUGAUUUGGGUGAUCCCAAUUCUGAAUUUACUCAUGAAUUUAAAGAGAUUGUAAGAGGUAUAAUGGAAGAAGCAGGGAAACCCAACUUUGCAGAUUACUUCCCACUUCUUAAAAAGAUUGACCCACAAGGUAUCCGGCGGCGAAUGAGUGUGCACUUCCAGAAGAUAAUUGAUUUAUUCAACUCCAUGAUUGAUAAACGGUUGCAGAGCAGGAAAACAUCAGAUUCAAUUCAAGACAACGAUGUUCUCGAUGCUUUGCUAGGCAUUGAUCAAAAUAAAACCGAGAAACUCGAGCCAUCAAAAAUCCCUUAUCUCUUACUGGACUUAUUCGCAGCGGGAACAGACACAACAUCAAGCACCCUAGAAUGGGCCAUGGCGGAACUGCUCCGCAACCCAGACAUACUAAAGAGGGUAAAGCAAGAACUCUGCGAAACAAUCGGAAAAGAAAACCCAGUUCAAGAAUCAGACAUCAUUCGUCUGCCAUACUUACAAGCAAUCGUAAAGGAAACAUUCAGAUUACACCCAGCAGUACCAUUUCUAGUACCAAGAAAAGUUCAAUCAGAUGUCAAUUUGUUCGGGUUUACAGUACCCAAAAACGCACAAGUUUUGGUGAAUGUAUAUGCAAUUGGAAGAGACCCAGAUGUUUGGGAGAGACCGGAAUUGUUUGAUCCGGAAAGGUUUAUAGGGUCCGAGAUUGAUGUAAAGGGGUGUGAUUUUGAGCUGAUUCCGUUUGGUGCUGGCCGUAGAAUUUGUCCCGGGUUGCCGUUGGCAGUUCGGAUUAUCCAUUUGAUGCUUGGAUCGUUGAUUCAUGGGUUUGAUUGGGAAUUGGAGGGUGGGGUUUCGCCGGAGAUGAUGAAUAUGGAGGAGAAGUUUGGGUUUACGCUGGAGAGAGAUCAGAGGCUUCGUGCAAUUCCAGUUGUUCGUGUUUGAAGGUUGGAUUUUCCAGAUAAAUAUCUUUUCUUUUUCUUUUGGUGAAUCCAGAUAAAUAAUUGUAAUACUUCAUCCCUUCCGGAAAUAUCGCACCAUUUGUAUUUUACACAAUUCACACUACGACUUUGGCCAUUUUUUGUGAUUUGUACGUAAGGAAAUUUUACUCAUGUGUGUGUUAA